AUGUCAAAAAAGCCUUUUACCGUUCUCAUCGCCGGCGGUGGUAUAGCCGGCUUGACGCUGGCAAACAUGCUCGAGAAAGUCGGCGUCGAUUACUUGGUCCUUGAAGGAUAUCGCGAGAUGGCCCCUCAAGUAGGAGCCAGUAUCGGCAUUCUGCCAAACGGCUCCCGUGUUCUGGACCAGAUAGGUCUGUACGACGAAAUCAGGGACCUCAUUGAUGCGCCUCUUUUUGAGUCAACUCUUCGCUCCCGCGACGGCCUUCCAAUUUCCACCUAUCUCGGCUUCGGAGACCAGGUGAAUGAAAGGCACGGGUAUGAUACCGUUUUCGUGGACCGCCAAAUGAUUCUUGCGGCGUUGUGGCGCAACCUUAAGCAUCAGGACAAUGUUCUUGUCAGCAAAAAGGUGACCAAGGUCGAGCUUGAGUCUUCCCGAGUGAAGGUAGUGACGGGGGAUGGAAGUUCUUACUACGGAGAUAUCCUAGUCGGCGCGGAUGGUGUCCACAGCAACGUUAGAAAUGAGAUGUGGCGGAUUGCCGAUGCCCUUGAGCCUGGCUACAUCCCGGCUUCAGAGCACAAAGAAUGUCUUCCCACAGUUUACAAGUGCAUCUUCGGCAUUUCCAUUGACAAGAGCUGGAAGCCUAAGCUUGUGCAGACAACCUUGAACAAGGGCCACUCUUAUCUCUUCAUCAGCGGACCCAAAAACCGCGUCUACUGGUUCCUGUUUGUCAAAAUGGACAAGACUUACUACGGUCCUGAGCCUCCACGUUUCACAAAGGAAGAUGAAGAGGCGUUAGCGAAUGAGCAUUUGAAUGACAAGAUCGGGGAAAAUCGCACCUUCAGAGACUUGUACUCGACCAAGAUCUCAUCUGUGCUUACCCCUCUCCCUGAGUAUGUCUUCAAGAAGUGGCAUUUCCGACGCAUCAUGACCAUUGGUGAUGCCGCACACAAGCUCGAGCCAAUCGCCGGCCAGGGAGGCAACAGCGCCAUAGAAACUGCCGCUGUCCUCGUCUCAAACCUCGCAACCAUGCUCAAGAGCAAGACGAGCCCGUCUGACAUCACCACGGCCGACAUCAACGCCGUCUUCGCCAAGACUCAAGCUACACGAGAGGCGCGGACCAAGACACUCGUCAAGGCAUCCCAUGAGGAGCAACGCUUCGCCGCCAUGGAUACACCUAUCCUGGAGCUCGUCAGUAAAUACAUUGCGCCAAUCCAGUCGAUCGACGAAAAAUGGGACCAGUGGUCCAAGAACAUUGAAGGGGCUCACAGGCUCGACAUAUUGGAUGCUCCGAAGCGUCCCCAUGCUAUCCCGUUCAAUGACGAGCUGGCCAGCGCUCCCUUGACGUCGUCUUACUUGCCCAAGAUCGCAGUUGCAGCCUCGCUAUAUGGUCUGCUCUACAUUGCGCAACAAACGCUUGUUUUUGGUCCAGGUACAGUCCCUCAGAGGCUUUCGUUCCUAGGAGAGGACGUGAAGAGCACAUAUACCGGAGUGAAACCGAUCGACAACCUUCUUUCCCUACUGGCGUGGGCCUUUUCGGAGCACGUCGCAGGCCCCGACCCCAACAAGAGGAUCCAGUGCCUCUAUUUCCUCGUCAACCUGAUUCCCAUGAUCUACAUCUGGACUGUCGAGGGCUACCGCAACGGCAACAUCAAGUCGCUGGUCUCCGUGCCCUCCAUCUUCACCAUCUACCAGCUCCUCGGAAUCGGAAAGGUCGCGCCGGUCUACUUCCUCCUCAGCUUGUACACGACCAGCAGAAGCGUCUACGCCCGCACGACCGCCCGUCCCGUCCCGUCUAAUGCCGCCAAGGUCCUCCUGCCGGCACUGUGCCUCGGAUACGUCGUCCCCACGGUCCUCAUGUUCCUGCCCCACGAGGAAAGCAUCACUCAGCAGAACAUGAUCGCAUUCUGGCAGCCUUCUCCUCUCUAUGUGUCCUUGCUUGCCUGGGCGGGGUCAAAGGCCCUGGAUGCACUGAGACCAACCAAGCGCUUCGAUUUGGAAAUCUUCGAGAACAAGGACCUACCCUACCUUAGAUCUGGCUACGCCUUCUGCUUCUUCGCCACCGCCGUCACCCACAUCUGCACACUCCUGUAUGCGGUUCUCACCCCCUCCGUCUCCUUUUCCCAGGCCUUUUUCAACCUGCCCGGGUUCGAUGCGAUCGAUAUCUCUGCGUUCAUGAAGUACGACAUGCUGCUCUGCUUCAGCUCGGUCAUGGUCUGGCUUCUCUACAGCGUGUUUGAGCUGAGGCGAUCCGGGUAUAUCACAACCUCCGCCGCGUUCAAGGCCGUAGGGUUGACUAUGGCUUCGGGGGUGCUUGUGGGCCCGGCUGCGACGUAUGCGGGUGUCUGGGCCUGGAGAGAGUCGGUGAUUGCGAGCUAUGGCAAGGCUACGACCAGGUCGAAGCGGACUUAG